AUGUUGGUCGGUCGGCAAUCAAAAAACAUUUUAUCCAGUGUAACAAAUACAAACAUAAAAAGGUGUCUUGGCACAGCGUCUGAAGAUUCAGGCCAUGCUCAAUUUGUAUACAAUCGCAACCCUAGAAAUUUGGAGAAGUUAAGAAUCGCUUACAAACCUGCCGGUUACCAUCUCGAAAAACCUGGUCGUGAGUUUUGGCAUAAACUACAAGUAACGACUAGUAAAAGACACGUGACAGCUAGUGUUUUACACCAUACAGGUGUGGUUCCGGUUAUGGCAACUACUGCAGAAUGGGCUGUACGCAAACAGCUUUUCAGCACUUUAGAUAAAAUGGCAUACAUAACUAUUGGAAAAGUGUUAGCACAACGUUGUUUGGAAUGUGGUAUUUCUGAUAUGAUAAAUACUCAUGAAGUUUUGCCAAAUAGUAAACUUGAGGCAUUACUAGAAAACUUAUUAAAAGGUGGUGUACGGUUAGAAGAAGAUCCAAGAUACAAGUCACCAAAUCCUUGGGAUCAAGAAAGACCAGAAAAACCAUGGGAACAUUAUUAA